GGAAAGAAGCAGGCCACCGAAGAGCAGGAAGAAACCGAGGAGGAAGGCUCAGGAAGUGCCAGCAAAGGCAAAGGAAAGGCCCAAGGAAAGAAGAAAGUCGCUGAAGGGCAGGAAGCUGAGGAGGAAGGCUCUCCAGGAAGUGCAACAGGCAAAAGCAAAGGAAAAGCCAAGGGAAAGAAGCAAAACGCCGAAGAGCAGGAAGCUGAGGAGGAAGGCUCUCCAGGAAGCGCCAAAGGCAAAGGCAGCAAAGGAAAAGCCAAGGGAAAGAAGAAAGCCACCGAAGAGCAGGAAGAAACUGAGGAGGAAGGCUCUGCAGGAAGUGCCAAAGGAAAAGCCAAGGGAAAAAAGCAAGCCACCGAAGAGCAGGAAGAAACCGAGGAGGAAAGCUCAGGAAGUGCCAGCAAAGGCAAAGGAAAGGCCAAAGGAAAGAAGAACGCCACCAAAGAGCAGGAAGAAGCUGAGGAGGAAGGCUCUCCAGGAAGUGCCAGCAAAGGCAAAGGAAAAGGCAGCGGAAAGAAGAAAGCCGCUGAGGAGCAGGAAGCUGAGGAGGAAGGUUCUCGGUCAGUCAAGCGCAGACUGUCCUGGAGCGACGAGGGCGGUGCAGGUUCGCUUGAGAGUCCGGGGAAGUGUGCGACGCCCAGAAGCUGCAAGUCCAAGCUCGACAUCAUCGACUGCAGCAACCAGUCUAUCGUCGACGUGGAGAAGGACCAGUUUUGCGACGCGCUGGUGGCUUUGUCACCUACCUUUUCGUACGACAGUUGCGGGUCUGAAGCUCUUUUUGCCAGAAAGAAGAACAUCGAAAGCUGCGAGCUCUUUGAUGAGUUCAUGGAAUAUGCCAGGAAAGGCUCGAAGCAUUUCACGUGGAAGAUGCUAUCCAAGGAUGAUCCUACGGAAAGCCUGAAAGCCUACAACGACUUCCUCCUAGAGAUAUUGGUGCUGACAGAGGACCAGAAGGCACAGAUCAAGGCCAGGUUCGAGUUCCUGAAGGCCUACAUGCUGGACCCAACGUUGGAUUCGAUGACAAUCGACCCAGCAAAUGCCGACAUGCGGAUAUACCGCGUCUUCAAGUCCUCACUAGACUCCAGCAAGACACGGUCCAAAGUCGGCACCAAGCUCAGCGGUGUGGCCUCGGUGCCACGCAACCGGGCAGCUCGAACAGCGCUGGCAGAAACAUUGACGGCUCGGGCUGCAGACAUGUCGAAAGACAGUGCUGAUGCCCCUCCCGGGGGCAAAGAAAAAGAGAAGAAGACUCCGAAGGAGCUGGCCCCGGAGCAGCAGCAACAGAAGGACUUCGACAAGGACAUGGCUGCGCUGAACUCUUUGGCCACGAAGAGCAGGAUGAACGAGUUACUGUUUGCAGGGACGCCGCUCGAGGACGUGAUCUGGCACCUCAAGGACAAUAGGAAGAUGAUCGAGGCCAGCUUCAUCCCGAAUGCAUCGCUCUCUUCAGCCUGUUGA